UAUACAAAACACAGAAGGCAGGCUCAGAAGCAGACUAAAGGAUCAAAGGAAAAGAAAGAAAGAAAGAAAGAAAGAAAGAAAGAAAGAAAGAAAGAAAGAAAGAAAGAAAAGAUGCAGACAAAGAGUUUCCUAGCCGUUUUCUUUGUCCUCCUCUUCAGCUUUGAGCAAGGUUAUACCCUGGAGUGCUACACGUGUGCGUGGACCACCUGUUUAAUUGCGAAACCCAAAAAGACCUGUGGCAUCACAGAACAAUGUGGGUCAAUAACAGCACAAUAUGGUGCACUUCCCAUUACAAGGAAGGACUGUAUUGAAAGCACCAAGUGUUCCAGAAAUACUUCAGAUACAUAUUUGGGUAUCCCAUUUACAUAUAUCCCAUCUUGUUGUUCCUUUGAUCUCUGCAAUUCUGCUGUGACACAGAGUCUGUCAGUGGUCACUGGCAUAGCAGCCCUGGUGGCCCUCUGGCUAGCUACAUUUUAUUAAGUGCCAAGAAACAUGCCUCUUGUAGAGUACAUUUGCCAGAUGCUACUUGUACUGUGCCACAAAUGGAAUUUUUUUCUAUACUAUAUCGGAAUGUAUUAUUCCAAAGAGGGUUUUUAUGGUUUUUUGUUAAGAACAUUAAUCUGAUUUGCUUGCUGUAUCUUUCCUUAGCUAAACCUGACUUCAAUGUUAAAUGGUCUGAAGAAUCCUCUAGUUUUAAAUGAUUUUUUUGGAACCAUAGUCUUGCUGAUAACACUUCUGUACAGCCCACUCUUUGUUUCCAUAGAAUAUUAAUUACAAAAUGGUUUUUUUUCUCGUGGACCUCCACACCUCUAUUUAUUUAGAAAAAAGAGAGAGAAAAGUUCUGUUCUUCCACAUUCUGCAUUCCUCCAACAAAAUGUAAAUGACUCAGUGUUCCCAACAUUGGGAAUUUUGGGAACUCAUAGAUUAUGUCUAAAUGGUAACUACCCAUUAUACAUGGGCACACAUUUGCUUCUGUAUAAAUUCCAUAGAGAAAACAUUCAUGCCAUGUCAUUGGACGGUUUUUGUCAAUAGUUUAGCAUAUAGUUCACGUCCUUGGAUGCAAGGAAAAUCAGGGUUUCGUAUGUGCUCUCUGCCCAAAUACCAAAUGUAUUGUUCACUCAAACAUUUUACAGAAGACAAAGGGGAUUUUCUGUCUUUUCUGCAUUCUUCCCUCUAAAUUCAUUACUCUUGUGCCUUUAGCUAGACUGUGUCACACACCUCUGCCUUGGGCUUUAUUUCAUCUUUUGAUUUCUGUCAAAUUAUACUAUAAACAAUAUACUAUUAUACUGAUCACCUGCUCUGUCAAUAAUUCUUAUUGUUGGGAUAACAUUGCUAUUAUCAAAUGGGUUGUUUUUUUUUUAUCUGCACCCUAUUUCAGUAAAA